UGAUCUCUAUCUUCUCCUUCAAAAAUUCGACGUUCCUUGGAGCGAUAAUAAUAACUGACAACCUCCACCAAGUCACCCCCUCAUCGGACGAUCUUCUCUGGUACUACAUCGACUUCUGAAAAAAUGAAGUGGGUGAUUGAAGCCAACAUCGACUGCUGCGACGGCUGCCGGGAAAGAGUGGAAAAGUACCUGAAACGCGUUCAAGGAGUUGAAUCUGUGGAUUUGUACCCUGAAGAAAGCAAGGUGGUGGUGACUGGAGACGUUGAUCCCACCAUCGUCCUCGCUGCCGUCAAGAAAGUGAAAAAGGAAGCCCGAAUGCUGACAAAGGACGCGUCUGCGAAGAACUUGUCAGCCCUGGUUGAUGCAUAUGACAACAGAAAGAAAAAGAUCAUACCAGUAGAUGCAGUAAUUCCCAUGAAAGAAGCAGCAUCUAAGAAAGCCAUAGUAAUAUAUAAACCCCCAAAGCCAUCGGAUGGCAAGGACAAGGUUGCCUCGGAGACGAAGACCUAUGGUUUAAAUCUCUACGCAUAUGGGUUUGGUGCAGGCGUCUACUACAAAUGCAACAAGACUUACAAAAAGUAG